CUGCCGCGCGCUGGCGAGGCCAUCGAACUAGAUUCUAGCAGCAUCUACGAUGAACCCUGCUCCCCGGCACCCAAGCACGUGCAUAUGGCAAAGCAUGAGUUUGGAAAUUAUUUCAAGUUUUAUCAAAGAAUGGACUUUUGAUAAGCAGUUGAGACGAGGAACAACUCUUAUGAGGCGAACAUAACUAUGAACUAGUAACUGGGAGUCCUUGAUUCUUUAAAUUUUCGUUUCCCUUCUCUUGUUGGUAGAUGUUCUGUACAUUACUUCCCUUUUUCUCUGCUCUUUGCUUCUCCUUGGUGGCUUGGUAGUCCUAGCUGUGUUACUGGUUCCAAAUAUAUUUUUGGACAUUUAUUACUCCAUAUUACUCUGAGUUGCUACCUAUGGUGAGUUAUCUUUGUAAGAUUGUCUCCAGCAGUUCACCCCAUAUGGUCACUCAAAACACUGUUCUGCCCUGUAAGCACUGUUUUGCCCCCGUAAGCACUGUUUUGCCCCGUAGACUGCACUGUUUGCAGAGUGGAGUUUGAAUAUGAGGAUGAGGAUGGUUAAGCUGUUGGAGAUAGCCUAACGAGUUUGUUUGUCCAACUUGCCCCUGCAUGUGUGCUGUAUGCAUAUUAUUGUUGCCAUUUUACAUGUUUUUCAUGAUUUUCAAAAAAUGGGUGCUGGAAGGAAGAUUGAAACCUUUUUUACUGCAACACCAAGUGCACAGACACAAAAUCAAACCAAUGAAAGGUAUGGAACAUAUCCUGUUGCUGCCCGUAAUCUUCGGGAAGAUGAGCUAGGAGGAGUGAUUUUUGGCUGCAAACACAACACAAUCGGUGAAUGCCUCUCUAAACAGCUGUUUGGUUUGCCUUCAAGCCAUUUCUCAUAUGUGAAGAAUGUCAAACCUGGCAUGCCUCUAUUUCUGUUCAAUUAUAGCGAUCGAAAAAUGCAUGGAAUUUAUGAGGCUGCAAGUGCUGGCAAGCUUAACAUUGACCAAUUUGCUUGGAGUGAUGGUGGUAGAAUAAAGACACAAUUUCCUGCACAGGUCCUCAUCUCUAUGAAGACUGCCUGCCUUCCAGUUCCAGAAUCUCAAUUCCAAAGUGUGAUCAGUGGCAAUUAUUACAAACCUCGGCACUUCUUCUUUGAGCUAGACCAUGAACAAACAAGAGCUUUGAUAUUUUUGUUUAAGCCUGCCCCUGUUCAUGAUGUUUCAAACAAAUGUCAUCCUUCCAAAUCUAUUCAAUCUCCAAUAGUCGAAGCAUAUGUCAAUCCUGAUGGUGAAUAUGCUAGUGAGAGUAGAACGUCAACGAGCCACCUUGACAAGGAGGCUUCUAACUGGGAUGAUGUUACGACCAAGGAAGGAACUGAAUUUGUCAAUAAUGACCAUCCACAUAUUAAUCCACCACAUGUUGAACAAUAUGGUGAAGUGGCUGUUACGCAGAAACAACAAGAUAUGUUUGUUUUACGACAGCAUGAGGCUGAAUCCUCCAAGGACACUGUGGAUUCUGCUUCAAAUAAAUCAAUGCCUCAAGAAGCACAGUUUGAUGCCACUCUCCCCACAGACCCAUCUAAUUCCACUUCAGUGGGUGAUGUAUGUAUUAAAGACCUGACAUCACUGGGGCAAUCUCGUGGAAAUGCUGAGCUGCUUCACAUUGUCAAAGAGUUAUCCAAGAGGAACCAAGCAAUGGAGAAAAAACUGUCUGAGUCAGAUAAAGAAAUACUGUUUCUGAGGGAAUCAAUGAAGGACACAGGAAGAAGAAUUCAGGAGCUGGAAUAUCAGUAUGAGAAACUACAAUCAAACUAUAACUCUUUAGUCCCACUCCUUGGUAGUCGACAUGAUAAUAUGGAAGGGCCAUCAAUAAUCUUAAUGGGUGGCUACAGGGGCAGUACUUGCCUGUCAUCACUAGAUUCCUUUUGCCCUACGACAGACAGAGUAGUGCCUCUGUGUUCAAUGAGCUCAGCCCGUGCAUAUGCAGCCGCUGUUGCAUUGAAGGACCAUCUCUAUAUUUUUGGUGGUGGGAAUGGCAGUUCAUGGUAUCACACAGUGGAAUGCUACAGGAUGGGCAGUAAUAAAUGGAUAGCAUGCCCCCGUUUGAAACAUGCAAAAGGAAGCCUUGCUGGAACUACAUUGAAUGAUAAAAUAUUUGCUAUUGGUGGUGGAGAUGGGUCUGCAGUUUUCUCAGAAGUUGAAAUGUUUGACCCAGCACUUGGGAGAUGGAUAGACAAUGUGUCAAUGCGGCAAAAGAGAUUUGCUGCUGCUGCUGCCGUAUUAAGUGGCACACUCUAUGUAACUGGUGGUUAUGAUGGCAACACGUACUUACAAUCAGCAGAAAGAUAUGACCCAAGGGAAGGUUUCUGGACUCUGCUACCAAGUAUGAGUGCAAGAAGAGGAUCCCACUCCGUAGCUGUCAUGGGGGAAUCCUUAUUCGCUGUGGGAGGGUACGAUGGAAACAGCAAUAUUUCCACCGUAGAAAUCUUUGAUCCGCGUGCCAAUUCAUGGAGGAUAGGCCGUUCAUGCAGCAUUGCAAGAGGAUACGGAUGCGCGGUGACGAUGGACGGCAAUCUGUACUUCAUUGGUGGGGUCAACGAUGCUGGAGAAACUCUCGGGACUGUGGAGGUCUACAAUGAGAGGCAAGGCUGGUCGAUCUCUGGCUGCAAAUCCGUAGGGAAGAGGGCCUUUGCCUGCGCUAUCACCGUUUGACAUGAUCGCGGAUCUCAUACCCUACCUUUUUUUUUUUUUUUUUUUUUUUGCAACCAGCAGUCACUCAUGGUUCGCAGCCUUUGCCCUCCUGCUGGUCCUACUCCUACCACGUUGGUCCGAGUAUACCUGGGUUGAGAGAAAUUUUGCUGCCUCCCCCCCCCCCUACUUAUACUACUUCCGUCCGUGAACAAAUCAACUUCUAGAGGUGAAUUGAGCCAAACUUUUGCAAACGUUAGAAAUGUUGAACUUAAGGUAACUAUAAAAGUUAAUUUAUUUGGGGGAUGGAGAGAGUAUUAGACAAAGCCACCAAAUGUUCUGGUGGUGCAUUUGGGAAUUGACAA